AGAGUUAGUUUCGACACUUCCUCCAAAGAAUCUAGAGCAACGAUUUUCUCUGCCGGAUUUUGUCCCUUGCACAAGGUGGUAACCCACACAGACAAGGAGGAAGGUCGAGUGAAAGGGCAGGCACAACGCUGUCAGUUGUAGGCGGACUUGUCACAUGCCACCGAGCGUGAGUUUUCUAUUCAGCCUAAAAGGGACUUUCCAAGAGGGUCAUACAAUCGAUUCAUUCCACUUUAUUCACUUGGCUGCACGCGUGAGAAGCUAGAAACAUGAAUUUGUCUCGGGUCAUCAAUUUAUUGUGCACUGCCUGCUUUCUUCUACAAGUGUUUUGUACUAAAGCCUUAGGGAUUGACUCAGUUAUUGGAGUACUUGGAGGAAAUGUUUUACUUCCAUGUAUAUGUGAGCCUUCCAAGAGAUCUGAUCUGUACUACCUGUGUUGGCAAAUAGAUAAAACAUUGGUAUUUGCAAUUACUAACAAUACUCCUGAAUAUGGUGAAAACUUUAAGACCAGAGCUCGUGUUUCUGAAAAUGAGAUCCAAAAUGGAAAUUGCUCCUUGCACCUCUCAAAUAUUUCAGUCAAUGAUGCUAAAAAUUAUGAUUGUAUUGUGGCUGUUGGUGACAGAGAAUCUAAAAAACAAAGCAUCUCCUUGAAAGUAGCUGCAAACUACAGUGAACCUAAACUGGAAGUAAUUAACAACUCUAUGACAGAUGGCAAUAUUUCAGUCUACAUGUGCUCUACUUAUGGGGGCUAUCCAAAAGGGAAUAUCUACUGGACUUUGGAUGAUGAGCCACAACCCCAGGACUCAGACAGAAUUCAGUUCAAUUCAACAAAUGAGACACGCAAUCGAAGCUAUAAUAUCACGAGUGUCUACACUGUUGUCAAUGUACCUCACCAAUUCAGAAAAAUCCAAUGCAUAGUUGAAAACAGCGCACUCCAGGUCAACUUGACAGCAAGCUAUGAAGAAUCACCAUAUCCUAAAAAGCUGAUGGAAGAAAAGAAGAAGAUGACUAUCAUUGCUACUGUUUCUGUUUCCAUAAUAAUAAUAGUAACACUUAUAUUGGCAGUUCUUGGAAUCAGACAUAGAAAUAAACAGGCUGGCACAUCUGUGAUUUGAAAAGUCAGCUGUGCUCCCUUUGGAGUGAAAUCAUCAAAUUGCUUCCUGUAUGAAGAUGAACUGGAUUCUGCUGAUGAAUCUGUUACCUUCUUCAAGGACUGACAUUUUCUCGUGCCAGAGAGAGUGGGCUUGGGCAUUUCGGCAAGUUUGUUUUAAUUGUACUUAAUCUAUAUUAAGUCUAACUCUGCUGGAGUUGUAUGAAUACACAUCUUUAAAAAAAAAAAAUUUGAAGAAGGUAAGAAAACAAAGACAUUUUUCUGGCAUCCUCUGUGCUUUUAGAUUUCUGAAGUUCUAAAGCAGCAUCUGAAGAAUUGCGUAUCUUCCGACUUGAGGUAUAAUGGUGAGAGAGAAAGGCAGCUUUAAGGGAACUGAAACACGUGGAAUAGUGUGGUGUCGGAAACAAAAUGAGGAACAGAUGUCUUGUCUUGAACCAGCCUGCUUAGAAAUGCUGCAAGUGGAAAUGGAACAAGGAGUGCACAUGUGACUGUGGUUUGGAAGAUGGUGCCAGGUGACGUCAGACUGAGACGUAGAAGAACCGACCAUGGAGAAAACUGCUAAGCCAUAUUUCACUGUGUGGUGUUUGUUCUUUGUAAUGAGAUGGAAGUGAACUUUUUCUCGAGAACUCUCUGCCCUGUUUGAAAUCCAAAAUGCCAGUCUAAGGGCUAACAGUUCAAGUGAAGUGACUGUGGUGAAUUCUUCUAAAUUUUGAGGAAAGUAUCUGUUUGCAUUUUCAUGUUCAUAGAAAUGGGAUAAUUUCUCAAGAUGUUGCAAAGAAAAGUUUUGUGCAAUGGGUUUAAAGGUUAAGGUUAUAGCAGAAGGGUUUGGUGUGGUGAAUAGGAGGAACCAAAUGGAAUACAAGCUGUAAUGUGAAUUUUUCACACUUAAUCAGAAAGAAAGUUACCUGUGGGCUCUCAUCAGUUGGGGUUGCAUGUUUUUAAUGUAAGGUUUUUUCAUUUGAGCACUUGAAAAAUCCAACAGCACGAGUGCCAAGUCAUUUAGGAAGCAUAUGUUGCCCUGGUAUAAGUAGGCACAUCCUGUGAUAGACAUGAUAAAUCACAGCUUUGCUCAAGCGAGUUGAUACUAAGGGGAAAGGAGGAUGAAUGGCUUCCUAUUUUUGCUUCUGCCUUAUGGCCCAAAUCAGUGAGAACUUAACACUUUGAAGUUAAGCUAGCAAUGGAAGGUCUGGAAUGUGAAUAGAUACAGUAAGCAGGGCAGGUCGUAUUAGUAACACACCUACACAUAGUGAUGCCUGGGCAUCUGCAUUUACCUAAAAUUAAUCUCAUUAUUAUUAAAUAAAACAUAUGGAGAGAUCACGCAAAGCACAAAGUAACAACAAAGAGAUUAAACUGUACAGCUUCUCCGAGUCACCAUAUACAGAUUUCAAAAUCCAUCCAUCUACCAUGUGUUUGGGGGAUUACCCCACAUGCCAACCAAAAAGUACCGCCUCAACACAUUUUCACUUUCUGCCUCUCUAAUUCCUGUAAUCUUGUAAUCAAGUCACCUCCUGACCAUGCCUUGGAGACUAACCACUGCAAUUCUGAGCCUUUGGAACCCUUAAAGAGCCAUGUCUCCAAGGCCUUAUCACACUACAAAGCUUUUCCAGACGGUGUUCAGUCGUAGUCUUCAUUUACGUAAUGUUAGCAAGUUGUGGAUCGUUGCAGCCCGUUGACCAUCAUUUGUAUAUUAUAAAAUCCCCAGAUACUCUCCAUGACCAGCCACAAUAAAAGCAGUUUGAUUUUACCGUGAGUUAUAAGGGGCAGGCUAUUGACAAUGAGGGAGCACUCAGCCUGUAGUACAAUGCAUACAAUGUAGUUGUAAGGAAGUAAGAAAAUUAGGUGCUCUGGACUGCACAAAUAGAAGAGGAGCUUGUCUUGUGUAUGUCAUAUGGAAAAGGAGCCAUUGAACUCAUCAUAGCAAGAAUAAAUUUACACGCAGCCACUGGUGCUGUCAUAUAUUAUUGCCAUUCUCCAUCAGGUUAGAAAAACAAAAAAACAAUUAUGGGUGUGUGAGUGUGUCCUGCUUCUUGGGGAGGCUGCGGGUCAGCACAGAUUUUUAAAGGGAAAAGUAGUUUAGGAAGCAGAUGAAUGAUGAAUGGAUGAGAUAAUGUGCUGUUUAAUAUCCUCAUGCUCUAUCCUGUGUUCAUUCCUGACUUGUGUUUGAUGCCAGUAGAAUCAAUUUUGACUCCUUAUAGCCCUGUAAAUAACUAAUCAUUUUACGAAAAUGGAUAUUAUUGAAAUAAGCUACUGUUGCUUUGGCAAAAUUAAUGUACUAGUUUUGGACAACAUUAAUUUUACUCUGUGAAUGCACCUAACUACUUUAAAACUAAAUAUGUGUAACUCUGCAUUUUGAAAUACCUGUACAGGAGUGUUGUGUUUAAGCAAGAUAAACUAAAGAUGCAAUUUUAAAUAAUGCUAUUGUUACAGUCUGGGGGUCCUGGAAGUGGUUUGUGCAAUGUUUUCUCUUACAUUAUUUGAGUAUUUUCUAUAUUUUAUUCUUCCUCUUGUAAUACCUGUUACCUGCAGUAGGUUCAUUCUUCUUAAAUGAUGUAAAAGGUGACUGAAGAAGGCUGGUGUCAGGAAAGUCAUUCAUCCGUAAAAAAAAUCUGCUUCAGUAUUUCAGAUAUUUGGGGCAAAUGGCCAACCUGGAGUACCUGGAAAAUGUCUUUUGAAGGAAUACUUCACCCGAAAAUGAUAUAUUUUUUAAUAUGUUAUUUACCCCAUGUAGUUUGUAGUAAUGGGCAAGAAAAAAAUUUAAUCUCAUAUUUUCAUAACAGAGUUUCUGAUAGAAUAGAUGUUUAUAGUGACCAACGCUGAACAACAGCAAAAAGACAACCAUGAAAAUAAUCUCCCGUUACACCUGUCACAUGAUCCAAAUAUUAAACUAUCCAUUCACAUCAUUCUGACAACGUCCCAAACACAAGUUUUUUUUACUAAAAUACCAUUAAAUAAAUUACAUCCGGAAAACACUCUCAUGAAUGAAAAUGGAUUACAGUCAAACACACACAAGCAGUUGAAUAGUAGAUCCACCUACAAACCCAAAUCCCAAAUAACUAAUUUAUAAAAACAGAUGCAGAAUCAGGCUUAAAGUCAUUAAUACACCACAGUCAGACACUAUAAACAGCUACACAAACAAAAUCUCACAAAAAAAAAGUCAAUUUUCCUUUGAUUUUAAUCUGUGCUUUGAAAUUUGCCAAAAAUGGUAAUCUGAUAGCCCUUUCAAUAAACUUGUGUGCUGUUUGUAGUCUGUUCUGAUAUUUAUUUCAAAAUAAAUGUUGGUUAACCCUUUAUAAUAACUUUGACUAAUAAAGCAUUAACAAGCAUUAUGUAAAGUUUAACAAAUCACAAGUUCAUGUUCAUUCAAAUAGUUGUAGAUGUGAUUAAAUGAUAAUUCAUACAUUAGGUAAUGUGCUUUUAAACAUUUACAAAUUAUUUAGCAAAUGGCCAGUAAGGCAUUUUGUCAGCACAUUACUCAUGUUGAAAAAACCAAGAUCCAGGCCUUUAAUGACCUCUUGGCCAUCAGCAGUGUGUCUGUUUGCGGAGAGAGUGUUGACCUCGUCGAGAGGUUUACUUACCUCGGCAGUGACAUUCAUGUGUCUGGCGACUCUUCCUAUGAAGUCAAUAGAUGGAUUGGGAGAGCAUGGGGGGUUAUUAGGUCACGGAAAAGGGUUGUGUGGCGCUCCUGAUAUCUGUGCAAAAGGAUGAAGGUCCAAGUCUUUAGAGUUCUAAUUCUUCCUGUCUUGCUAUAUGGUUGCGAGAUAUCCAGUGACUUGAGACGAAGACCGGACUCCUUCAGUACUGUGUCUCUUCGGAGAAUCCUUGGGUACCGCUGGUUUAACUGUAUGUCGAAUGAGUGGUUGGUCAUGGAGUCCCGAAUGAGGCACAUUACCUGCAUUGUGAGGGUGCGUCAGUUACGACACUAUGGCCAUUCCCAGAAAGUGAUCUGCCUCACAGGGUCCUCACUGUUGGGGACCGGAAUGGCUGGGCCAGACCAAGGGGACACUCACGUAACACCUGGCUACGGCACAUAGAGGGUGAGAUUGGACCGCUUGUUAGCCUGAGGGGUUGCCAACCAGAAUCCUCAGCUGUUUCGUUGUGUUGUGGGUGCGGCAACGCGCUGUAGCAGUGCAUGCUCUCCAACCUGACCUGACCUGACCUGAGACAGCUUUCACUAAUGUAUAGCUGAUUAGUGACAAAUAUCUUUAAAUGUUAGUUACACAUGUUUUAUUUAUUAUAUGCAAGUGUGUUGUUCAUGAGUUGUUCAGUCUAUAGAACUGGUUAUUUCAUAUUUUGGCCUGCUUGUAACACCGUAAGAAGUUUUGCCAACUUCCGUACUUGCUUUUAUUCAUCGGUUGUAAAUAUUUUUGCAGUGCUCAAUCUAAAGUUGAAACUCUUCAUGCAUUAUACAGGUUUGCACAUGUUUAUAAACCAUAUAUUCAUUAGUUGUGGAGAUUUUUGCAGUACCUAAUCUAAAGCUGCAACUGUUCUUGCAUUAUAAAGGUGUGUAAAUGGGUAAUUAAUACAUUAAUGGGCACUGGACUUCAACAUGACCAGGUCUGUGGCCUGCUGAAGAAAGCGGUGUGAAGUAAGGAGUAGUUUGUUGAACAGCUCAGUUUCAUCCUUGCAACAGAAAUUAAUGACAGGAACAACUCGGUUGGAAUCAAAACAUUUUGUUUCUUGUCUUAUUAGCAGAUUUAUGAUAAAACAUUACACUGCUGUGUUAUCAAAAAGAAAAUAUUUUUAGCAAUGGUAUUUUACAACUUUUCCUCAAUCUUAAAUAUUUUUUCAACAUAUCAAAGUUGCAAGGAACAGCAAGUACAAUUUAAAAAAAACAUGCUUCAAUGUUUUUUUUUUCCUAAAAAUAUUUAACGUUUAAUACUGACACACAAACGCAUGCAUACAAAAAUAGAAAACAUGUACUACUUAUUAAUUAAUAAUAAAUGUUAGAUCACAUUUUAUGAAUCUAUGAAAUACUAUUACUUUUGAUGAAAAUAGGCAAAAAAAAUAUGUUGGUUUAAGAAUGAACAAGCUAAUCCCUAGACAAUUACGACAAAGAAACUGGUGCAUUUAAACCUUAUUUGUAUUGUUUUGAAAUGUCAUGAAGUAGUCUGCCCAGUGCUCUAUUAUAACACAUAAUAUUUUAGCUAAUGUACGAAUUAUCAUUUAAUAACAUUUAUUACUAUUUGAGUGAAAAUGGACUGAUAGUCUGUGAAACAGUACAUAAUGCUUGUUAAUACGUUAUUAAUGACAGUUAUGAUAAAAUGUUACCAAAUUGUGAGUUGUGUUUUUCUGGAUAGCGAAAACCUGUUACUUUUAUGAGAUCAGUUGUGUUUUUCAAGCACUUCCAGUUUUUGUGCUCCUGUUUACUUUAUGAUGUUUAAGGGUGUUUAGACUUUUCUUUUUUUCAGCUCUGUUGUGUUUGUUUUGUUAGAAUUUGGUUUGUGGGGAGGAUGCAUUUUCACUGACCAAACAAUACCAGAAGAGCAAAAUAACAUCUUACAGGUUCAACCAUAACAUCCACAUCUUCUUCUUUCUCUUCAUCUUUUCCUACUUCUGUGUGGGAUCAAAUUGCUUGAUCAAUCUUCUCCACACAGCUCAGUCCUGUAUCUCUUCCUCAGUCAGGCCCUUCUCCUUCAGAUCUUCUUUUACUUUACCCAUUUUGGUCUCCGCUGCUUUUAUCUUCGUCUGUACUUCCAUUCCCAUCAUUCUUUUGCCCACAUAUUCAUUGUCCUUCCUCAUCCCAUGUCCGUACCACUUCAGUCUUAUUUCCUGUACUUUCUUAGAUAUCUUUCCCACUUUUGCUGUACCUCUUUUUGUUUCAUUUCUUAUUCUGUCCUUUUCUUGUAACUCCACACAUCCAUCUCAACAUUCUUAUUUCUGCCAUAUCUAACUUCUUCUCCUGUACUCCCUUACACUGUCUUAAAAACCUCACCUUUAACAUUUGCCUUAAUUCUUUGAUCACACAAUACUCCUGAUACCUUCUUCCAGCUUUUUCCACCCAUACUGCACUCUGUGAGUUUAUUUCUGUAUCUAGUUUUCCAUCUUGGGUUACCACUGAUCCGAGAUAUUUAAAUUUAUCCACUCUUUUUAGUAGCUUACCCUUCAAACCAACUUUUUUGGAUAAUAAUCAUCAUUAAACCUCACGUAUUCUGUCUUCCUUCUAUUUAUCUUCACUUCUCUAUCUACUAAAGCCCUUCACCAUUCUUCCAACUUCAUCUCCACAUCCUUGUGCUACACAACACAAUGUCAUCAGCACAAAGUCUCCACAUAGGGGGAUCUGGUCUUUUAUAUCACAACUCAGACUCAAAGAGGUCAGGACUUCAAGAAGAUCCCUGGUGCCGUAACACCUACAGGAUUUGGCUAAUUUGUUCUGCCCCUACUGCUUCCAAAACCCCAGCAACUUUUUUUUUGUUUAUUUAUAUAUUUUUUGUUUAUUUAUAUAUUUCUAUAUUUUUUUGUCCUAGUUGAGUGGUGACACUUUGCUCAUGCAAAAAUCGUACAAGUAUUCCUUCCUUGCUCCCUGCUUUUCAAGCAGAACAUCAUACCUCACGUCACAGUGUGAUCAGAGCCUGCAUUUGAUAGCAUCUCCAAUGAUGUCAUUGUGUGUUAUGCUGCAAUCAUCUUAGCAAUUAACAACACACAAUGACAUCAUUGGAGAUGUUUUAAUUGCUAAGAUUAAAGUAAAUGCAAACAAAUGCCCUACACAUCAAGAGAAAACAUUGCACAGACUGCUCAGCUCAACCCAGAUCCUAACAGCUAUCACAUCACAAAACAUUUUUGACUAGAUGUAAUAUAUAUAUAUAUAUGUAUAUGUAUGUGUGUGUUAUCCAAUAAUGCAGUAUUAAUGUCAUUUCUUUGAUAUUCUUUGCACAAAAUGGGGAUCUUGUUUUUGGUGAAGUGUCUCUAUGUGUUGAAUAUGUGUGGGUGUUUUCUAUUUUAUAUUAUAUAUUUAAAAAAAAAUGAAUGCUCCCCAUGGGAAUUUUUUCAGAAAUUAUGUGCUUUAGGUCAUUGAAAUCAUAAAAUGUGACAGAAUUUGCUUUUACUUUGGAGAUGCACACAGUGUUCUAAGACAGGAUUGGAAAUGUGAAUGAUUUCAUGUGAGGCUUCCAUCUUGGAUGAGACUGCAUGGCUGUCUUGUGGCCGAAGUUUUAAACACUGCCCUAUUAAGUUACUGGAUUGGUCCUCAUCACUGGGUGAAACGCUGAGUGAGUUAAGGUAAUAAUUCUCAUUUUAUAGAGAUAUGAAAAUAUGUGCAACAUUUUCACCAGUAAGUGACUUUGUAUGUUAGUGUUAAUAAAUAAAUGUAAACGCUCUCCAGGCAACAUUGCAAUUGCUUUAAGGUAGUGGGAAAAAAUAUAAAAGGGAGAGCGGUUGUGUCAAGGUGCGUUGUGAAAGUACAUCACAUCCAUUGAUGACUAUACCACGUUAAAGCAAAUUAAAUUCCAAAUGGUUGUUCUUCUUCCAGUUAGCUGAGAAUGAAUAAUAAAAAAAUAAUAAAGUAAUAAAAUGGGGAAGACGAUCUACAGAAAUGUAAUUUCCAAAUUUCUCUUUUUGAAUUGGGUAUUCAUUAAUAUUUCUUACAAAAUGUAAAAGUACCCAGAUGUGUAUUUGUCUUAUUUUUGAGAACAAGUGUAUAUGCUAUGCAUACUUCUAAUAUGCUGUUUUGUUUUGUCCUAACUGUUCAAAAUGAUCUCAUUGGAAAUUAUUACAAAAAUAAAAAUAACAUUAUUUUCGUUUUAA